AAGAGGGGAGGUGAGGAGAGAUAUUGUUCCUGCUGAAUAUCCCCCUCAUCAGUAGAGUCGCGCUCUCUGCACAAAACACGUAAAUUUUGAUCCGACUGCCGCACCUUUCCGCCAGAAAGCUUGAGUUUCAAGCGUUAAACGCCAUCUCAGCCAAAGACUGUCUCCAAGUCUCAGAUAUGGGAAUACUUGCAACGAUCACUGAGACCGUGUACUUUAUUGCGGAGACAUUCAACCCUUUCUGGUUCAUUCCAGGAUGGUUUCGAUCGUGGAUCACGUAUGCUUUCUCAACGUUGGGGAUGCUAGGCUCGUUUCUUGCUCUGUUUCUCUACCGUAACCAGAACUCUCUAUUGUAUCAUCCUGAAGUCCCUGGUAUUCCCAAAGAUCCCAGAGAGAAUCCUGAGAGGUAUCGGAACCCCGGCGAAUGGAAUAUGCCGUAUGAGGACGUCAUUGUUAAGGCUGAAGACCAAACUGAGUUGCAUGGUUGGUUGAUCAAACAGCCAGAUUCUGCGGCGGCGCCCACCAUUGUGUUCUUUCAAGAGAAUGCAGGCAACAUGGGUCUGAGAUUGCCCAACAUGUACGAGCUGUGGAGGCGCCUAUCUGUGAACAUUUUCAUGGUCAGCUACCGUGGGUAUGGCCGUUCACAAGGCGUGCCGACAGAAGAGGGACUGAAGAUGGAUGCCGAUGCGGUGCUCAAAUAUGUUUCCACGCUGAAACAAGUGGACCCAAAGAAGAUCGUCAUCCUGGGGAGGUCGUUGGGGGGAGCUGUUGGAAUUCACAUCACCAGCAUGUAUCCGGAGAAGGUGAAGGGCCUUAUUGUGGAGAAUAGCUUCACGAGUAUCGCAGACAUGGUGGACGUUCUGAUGCCGUUUCUCGCCAUCUUCAAGGGUUUGAUUCUUCGCAUUGGGUGGAAAUCGAUUGAGAGCAUUAAGGAUAUUACGACUCCUAUCUUGUUCAUAUCAGGAGCAAGAGAUGAACUGGUGCCGCCAAGCCAGAUGCGAAAGUUGUAUGAUGCUGCGCAAACAAGCAUCCAUAGAACAUGGUACAUAGUCCCAGAUGGAGGCCAUAACGAUACGUGCAUGCGGAAUCCUCGAGAGUACUGUGAGAAAGUCAAGGAAUGGAUGCAAAAAAUCGGUUUAUGA